UCCUUUCAAUAAACAUCCGCUCUCAAGUUUGCACAUAAUAUAUAUUAACACGAUGUCUCAUCAUCCUUCAUAUACAUUAGCUGGACUAUGCGCUGCAGGUGGUAUUGCAGGCUUUGUGAAGGCCAGGUCUUAUCCUUCAUUAGCUGCCGGUCUUGGCGUAGGCGCCCUUUAUGGUGCUGCUGGCUACUUGAUACAACAAAACAAGGAUUACGGUCAUGAAACCGCUGUGGCCGCAUCUGCUAUCUUGGGCGGUGCUAUGAUUCCUCGUGCCCUUAGGUCUAGAAAGCCAUUACCAGUGUCACUUUCUCUUAUCUCACUGACUGCGGGUACUUUUUAUGCGAAGAAAGUAUACGAUUAUCUUUAGAUUCAAUUCUUGGAAAUUACCGAGCUUUUAGAAGAAUCGACAUCAUAUACCUUUUUUCUCUUAACGCACAGCGCUUCCUAUCCAUUUUGCAAAAUCACUAUUUUAAUAAAAAAAUGCUGUAUGAUGAUAGUUAUGG